AUGCCUAUAAAAUUCAAUAUUGAGCUUAUAGGAGAAUAUGUCAAGCCAAUAAGUCAACGUGAUGAACCAUCAACAUCAAAUAUGGUUUUAAAUACAAGUCAAAAUAUGUUUUGCCAUAUGUCAAAAAUGUCGUUGAUAACGGAAGGUGACAAUAUAAGCCAAUUAUUCCACGAUCACGCGAAUCGUAUAAUUAAUAAAAUGUCUGAAUUUCAAGAAAGAGAUUCUGGCUGGGCUUUAGAGAAAAUCGUAAAGCUGAAUAUAAAUAUAUAUAAAGCUAAUUUAACUCGUGGCUCUCAGUUCUUGAAGACACCGCUCUCUUUAUCAAAAAAGAAUGCCUGUCUUAACAUUAGAAAUUACGAUGAAUUUUGCUUCAAAUGGUGUAUUGUGGCAGCUUUAUCGGAACCAGCAGCAUGUGAUAAGUCUAAUCCGCAAUCAUAUAAUAUUAAUAUAACCGAAGAGAUUAUAUACUUGCCAUCCGGGGAGAUAUUGAAUUUUAGAGGACUUAGUUUCCCUAUGGCGAUAAAAAAUAUCAAGGAUUUUGAGGCCAAUAAUGAAGAUAUUAGUAUUAAUGUCUUCGGCUAUGAUGGAAAUCAGAUAGUUGGACCCUACUAUCUUACCCCAAAACGAAGGAAUCGUCAUAUUAACUUGAUGCUUCUUCAUGAGGGCGACAAGUUCCACUACAUAUUGAUCAUGGAUAUGUCACGGUUAUUACGUUCGCAAAUAACAGCACAUAGAGGUAGAUCAAUCAUUUGUGAUGGCUGCAUACAAAGUUUCACCACGGAAGCCGUAUAUGCAAAACAUGAGAAGGAGUGUGUUGGGGUCGUAACAGAGAUGCCUAAAGAAGGAGAAAACAUUAUUCGGUUUAAAAACUACCACAAAAAGGAGAGAGUUCCAUUUGUGAUCUAUGCGGAUGCUGAAUGUAUUCUAGAGGAUUGGAACCCGGAGAACCUCAACACAAACACAAAUACAAACACAGUAACGGUAAAAAGGCACAUUCCUUGUGCAUUUAGUUAUUAUAUUAAAUGUAGUUUUAAUGAUAGUUUAAGUAAAUUUUAUAUAUAUAGUGGCCCCAAUGCUGCGAGAAACUUUUUAGAAAAUCUUAUAGGGGAUUGUAAAUUUAUUUACAACACAUAUUUGUCAAAAACGGUACCAAUGAUUUCUUUGUCUCAGACAGAAUUAGAUGAUUUUAAUAGCAGUACUGUGUGUCACAUUUGUGAGAAAGAGCUAGGUAAUGACCGAGUUAAGGAUCAUUGUCAUUUAACUGGAAAAUAUCGAGGAGCUGCACACAAUGAAUGUAAUUUGAAAUACCAUGUGCCAAAAUUUGUGCCGAUAUUCUUCCACAAUUUUUCUUCUUAUGAUUGCCAUUUGUUCUUCAAAGAAUUAAUUCACUUUGAUGGAGAAAUUAAAGUAAUUCCAUUAAAUAAAGAAUUAUAUGUUUCAAUGUCAUAUUUCACUAAAAUGAACAACGAUUCAAACGAAAUGGUCGAUCAUAAUUCUUCGGUGAAUUCGAAAAACAAAUGGCGGAAUAAAUUUGAACUGAGGUUCUUGGACAGUUUUCGUUUUAUGUCUUCCAGUUUGGAUAGUUUGGCUAAAAAUCUACCUAAAAACGCAUUUCAAGCUGUUCGUACACAGUUUCCAAAUGAUGCUGAUUUCAAUCUGCUAACUAGGAAAGGAGUUUUCCCUUAUGAAUACGUGUCUUCAUUGGACAAAUUAUAUGAAAGAAAAUUGCCUAACCGAAAUGAAUUUUACAACAGGUUGACUGACAGUGAGUGUUCGUUAGAUGAUUAUAGACAUGCGCAGAAUGUAUGGAGGCACUUUGAAUGCCAAACUGUCAAGGAUUAUAUGGAGUUGUAUUUAACAGCAGAUGUCUUACUGUUGGCUGAUGUGUUCGAAAACUUUCGAAGUUUGUGCCUCCGUCACCAUAGACUUGAUCCUUGUCAGUAUUUCACAGUACCAUCACUAUCUUGGGAUGCCAUGUUGCUGUGCACGGGUGUUGAAUUAGAGCUAUUUACAGAUAUUAACAUGUAUAAUUUCUGUAAAAAUGGCAUUAGAGGUGGACUUACACAAUGUUCAAAUAGACACUCGGUAGCCAAUAGUAAAUACACUGAAGACUAUGACCCUAGUAAACCCGAGGUAAAUAUUUAUUAUUUAGACGUCAACAAUUUAUAUGGUAAAGCAAUGACACAAUGUUUGCCACAAAAAGAUUUUAAGUUUUUAACUCAAGAAGAGUUGGAAAUAUUCAAUGACGUCAGUAAAAUAUUAGCGAUUCCAAAUGAUUCACCAACUGGUUAUUUUUUUAAUGUGGAUUUAGAAUAUCCAAAAAAUCUGCAUGACAAACACAAUGAUUUACCCUUUUGUCCUGAAUCCAAAUGUGUCGGUGGCUGUAAGAUCAAAAAGUUGAUUGCAGAUUUGAAUGACAAAACGUCUUAUACAAUUGAUUAUAGAGUGCUUCAACAAUGUAUCCAGCAUAAUUUAAUUCUUAAAAAAAUUAAUAGCUGUUUACAGUUUACGCAAUCUAAUUGGCUUGCAGCAUACAUAAUGAAAAAUAACAAUCUCAGAGCACAAGCCACAGAUGCUUUCGCAAAAAAUUUUUAUAAAUUUAUGAAUAAUUCUGUUUAUGGCAAAACAAUGGAAAAUGUGGACAAAAGGAAAAUCGUGGAAAUAAGAAACCAUUGGGAAUCUUAUGGGAAGCGCUGGGGUGCACGGGAAUUUAUUUCAAAACCAAAUUUUCAUAGUCUUACACACUUUUCAGAUGAUAAACCGAUAUACCUUGGAUUUUGUCUAGGUGCUUUGGGUGCCCUAGCAUCGGGUAGUUCAGCAAUUGCUAAUGCUGUUAUGAAUGCUAAAAAUGCCAAACGACAAUUAGAGGAGCAAACCAGACAUAACAAAACUAUCGAAGCUAUAGCUAUGGGUAAGGGUUUGUAUUUAAAACCCUACAAAAAAGGUUUUGGUAUUUACUUGAAUAAUACAUCAAAAAACUAA